AUGGAGGAUGGAGCAGAAGUCACGAUGGAAAACCCUCAGUGGGGCACUCUGGCUGUGGAAAAGGUCACCUCUUCAGAGAAGGAAAAAUAUCUUAAGACACAAAAAAGCUAUGGCCCAGGGCCCUUCAAAAAGCUGGUAUCAUCCCACACCCAUGAACAGUGUGUGUGUGAGGGUGGCAAGGACCCCGUGUGUCAGGGGAAGCAAAUCCCAAAUGAGAUAAACCUGCUGGUAAUUUCAGCGAAUGAAGCGCGGAUCCUGCAAAGGCCAGAGGAUGGAAAACGCUCCGGUUUUGAUAAAAGGAGGUCUGCUCUGCCUCCAAUCCUCCCUCCUGCUGGUCGGGAGAAGCAAAGAGGAGCUGAUGAAUUGAGGGAGGAGAAAACGAGGCCAAUGUUGCACUGGUGCCAACUCCCCAGGUGUGGCUGGUGGGUACCACACUGGACAGCACAGAUACGGACCAUUUCGACGACGGUGGAAAGUUCUAGUGAUCAGUGCUGUCCCAGAAUGUUCACAGGCAGGAAAGACUUGAGGUGCUUUCUCACACGCUUCCUGCUCGAUGGAGACACAGUGAGGAGCUCUGCUUUCAGGAACAGGCCCGGUCACACUGCCACGGAAGAAAGGAGAUGGGACGCGAGACCACAGAGACGAAGUGGAGUCUGUAACCCCACCUUCGGCGUGGAAGCCUCGGGAUGAACCCGUGCUGUAAUCGGCCUUACAGAAUAAAAGUGUUUCCCAGCUCUGCCCGCGGAAAGGGUUAGGAAUACUGACCAAUUCCCUCACAGUGAGCACCGCCAGCACUCGGAUUAGGGUCUCUACACACCACUUCUGACGAGAAAUCGGGGUUCUGUGCAGAGACAGCCGAUCCCAGGUCUGAGGCAGGACGUGUGCAAGAGGAGCCUGGA